AUGUCUGAUCAUUCUCAAUUCACAGGAUAUUCAGUUCAAUUAGAACUCAGAGACGGGAAACUUAUUCAAGGUAAAAUCGUUAAAGCUAACAGUAAGGGGCUUACAUUGAGUGACGUGACGUUUGGAGAUGGUGGUACUUCGCAGGCAUUUAAAGUCAGAUCCUCCAGACUUAAGGAUUUGAAAGUAUUAGGUGUUCCUCAACAACUGCAACCACUGCAACUAAACCGUAGCAGUAAUAAUAAUAGUAAUAAUAGUAGCACUAGUGCGAAUAAUGAUGAUAAUAAUAAUAAUAACAAUAAUAGUGGUAAUGGUAAUAGGGGUGGUGCAAGACAACAGGAAGGGAUGGAUUGGCAAGAUGAUGAUGUGGGAAGGAUCAAGAAUGGUGCAGAUUUUGAUUUCCAAUCAAAUUUGACUCUUUUCAAUAAGAAGGAUGUCUUUGCACAAUUGAAACGUGAGGAUGAAGUGGAUCCAGAGAAACGUUUGGUUUCGUUCAAUAAGAAGGGCAGUCCUGAUACUACUACGAAUAGUGGAACUUCGUUUGGUCGUGGCCAAGGUAAUUAUGAAUAUGAUGAAAUGGUGAUCCCUAAUGCCAAAGAAGAUUCGUGGAAUAAAGUGGGUACUGAAUUUAACAAACAAAAACAAUCUUCAAAGCAUCAACAUAAUAAUAAUAAUAAUAAUAAUAAUAGUAAUAAUAAUAACGAUGAUGAUGAUGACGAUGAUGUAGAAGAUUUUGAGUCUGCUACUGAUGAGGAAGAGGAUGAAAUAAGUAGUGGUGCUAAUAGCAACAGAAAGAGAAGUAAUAUUGCUACAAACAACGAAGAGGAUGAUACAGAAGAUGACGAUAUAGUAGAUGAGGAGGAGGAAGACAGUGAAUAUUAUCCAAUUACAAAAUCCAUCAAUAUUACACAUUUGUUACAUUCUGCAGUAGAUGAUGAGGGGAAUUCUACUGAACAAACUGCUAAUAAAGCCCAAUUAUUAUCUCAAAUAGAACAAAUGUUAAUAAAUAAUGCUUCAAAUUCUUCAAGAUCUGGUUCCGUAUCAAAUGGUUUACCAACAUUGAAAAAUAGUAAGACUGGACAAUUGAUUCCAAUGGCAUCUCCAGUGGAAUUAUUAGAGAUCGAACGUUUAACAAACGAGACAUUUGGUAUUACCACUGGUACAAUGAAUGAAAUAUUCGGUAAUAAUGCAUCUUAUUUGGUUAAACAAACUUUGGGAGGACCAACUAGACUUACAGUAAAGAACACAAACCCAGAACCAUUAAUUGUAGUACUUGUUUCUGAUAUGAAUAGAUCUGGUAUUAAAGCUAUUGCAUUGUCCCGUUAUCUAUGCCAAUUGAAACAAGUACGUGUUGUAUUAAUGUUUUCAUGUCCAUUGAACGAUAUCCAGGAUAAAUAUGUAUUGAACAAGAUUGAAAUCUUUAAGAAUAGUGGAGGUAAACUUGUCAAUUCUUUAAAGAAUUUGAAUGCGUUAUUAGCUAAAUUGAAUAGUCCCGUUGAAUUAAUCAUCGAUGCUAUGCAAGGGUUUGAUUCUAAUUUAAGUGAUUUUACUUUAUCAAGAGGUUCUCAUCAAAAGAUUUUAGAGAUUGUGAAUUGGUGUAAUGAAACCAAACGUAAUAAGAACGUAAAGAUUUGGUCCAUUGAUUUACCAUCUGGUUAUGAUUCCAGUUCGGGUCUACAAAACUUUGAUGUGUGUAUUAAUAAAGUUGAUAAGAUCCUCUGUUCUUACUCAUGGCCACUUUCUUGUUUGAAGUUCAUGGAUAAGGUGUUGUUGGACAAUGGCAAGACAUCAUCUUUACAAAAUGGUGCAAGUAGCAGUAGUCGUAACGGCGCAGUUGAUAGUGUUAUAGUCACAGUAGACUGCGGUAUCCCUACAAACGUAUAUUCGCAAAAGAACUCAUUAAGAAAGUUCAGUGCGGUUGAUACCUUUGUCAGUUCAGGUGUUCUGGGUCUAACUAUGUAG